AUGGUGUCGAAAGGAGACUCGGACACUCACCUAACUGUCUGCAGUAGUCCGGCCUCAUCGAUGCAGGGGGAGGUGCAGAGGAAAGUGUGCAUAACACACUCGAGAGCUAAAGAGUGGGACACGGAGCAAGGAGAAGCCGCCAGGAGGGCGGGACACCUGCUGCGCGGUUCGCUCACGAGCGGGCAUGGCACGCAGUUAGACGCAAGCAUGGGGGGUAAAUCUACGCGGGUAUGCUAUGUCAAUACAAAUGAGACCACCGAGCUAGUGUGGCGCCAGGCGACGAGAGACAAAAUUGGCGUACCCAAGCAAGCGCAGAGCCGGGAAAGGGAAGGAAAGGGAAAGGAGGAGAGACAAGAUACAAACGAGGGUGGGCAGGGCACGAUCGAAAACCUAGGAUACGUGAGCAAGGAAGGAGGUGUCGUGGAUGCUGCGCGACGCAAGGAUGAUGUGGGAGGAGACGAAAGAGCGAGACGCCUGAAGCGAGGAAAAUUGCUCGCUCAGCCAGACGCUGGGGCCGGCCUCUCCUGGCUACACGAGGGAUCAACUGGCCCCGGGCACUAA